AUGGGUCCCUGUACGGCCUCCCAUUGCUGCUGUCUCCAUCGCCACACUCUGCCAUGUGCCACUUUCAGGUCUCCUCACACUGCUGGUGGGUUCCAUUUUGUCAUAGGGUGCUGGCAGAUUACGGGCCUCCCAUAGCUGCUGCCAGGCCCCUAAUCUGCCAUGGGCCCCUGUACCGCCUCCUCAUGCUGCUGCCAGGCCCGUAAUCUGUCAUGGGUCCCUGUACGGCCUCCCAUUGCUGCUGUCUCCAUCGCCACACUCUGCCAUGUGCCACUUUCAGGUCUCCUCACACUGCUGGUGUGUUCCAUUUUGUCAUAGGGUGCUGUA